GAUCAUAUACAUGAACAGGAGUGGAACACAUGCACAAAUACUGUUUGGUGGUGGCCCUGGGGUAUCUAAGCUUCUGCCAGAUCACGCGUGUGUACGUCUUCGACUAUGGCAUGUACUCUGCUGACUUCACAGGGCCUAUGAUGGUGAUAACACAGAAGAUCACCAGCUUGACGUUUGAAAUCCACGAUGGAAUGUGCCGGAAAGAGGAGCAGCUGACUCCAAAUCAGAAAAUCCUGGCUAUAAAGAGGAUGCCCAGUCUGCUGGAGUACUUCAGCUACAACUGUAACUUCAUGGGCAUCCUGGCCGGCCCCACCUGCUCCUACAACGAUUACAUCGCCUUCAUCGAGGGCACGCCCUGCCGUCGCCACGGAGACCAGCAGACAAAUGGGAAGGCCAACGGCAGGCACAAACAAACGGACCCCUCCCCGAACAUUGAAGUCGUCCGUAAACUGGCCACCUGUUUCUUCUCCCUCAUGGUUUUCCUGUCCGUGUGUAAAGUGUUCCCUGUGGAACGGAACAUCGACGACGACUUCAUGCCACCACGCCCUUCUACGCCCAGGUGGUCUACUCUACCUGUCCAUCUGACCACCCGGCCCAAGUACUACUUCGUCUGGACACUGGCCGACGCCAUCAACAACGCAGCAGGCUUUGGGUUCAACGGAUACACCAGCGACGGCUCACCACGUUGGGAUCUCAUCUCCAAUCUGAGGAUAGCGGAUAUUGAGUUUGCCACCAGCUUUAAGAUGUUCCUCGACAACUGGAAUAUACAGACGGCACAUUGGCUCAAAAGGGUGUGUUACGAGCGCUGUCCCUACAACCCCACGGCGGCUACCUUCAUCCUGUCGGCCAUGUGGCACGGAGCCUAUCCUGGAUACUACCUCACCUUCCUCACCGGCAUUGUGGUCACACUGGCUGCACGCGCCAUGAGACACAACGUGAGGCCACACUUCCUGGGCUCGCCGUCACACAAGCUAGUGUAUGAUGUGAUCACGUGGGCGGGCACCCAGAUUGCCAUUUGUUACACCGUGGUGCCUUUUGUGCUGCUGUCUGUCGGGCCCUCGAUGAAGUUCUACAGGUCCUGGUACUUCAGCGUCCACAUCGGCUGUGUUCUCCUGGCCGUAGCCCUGCCAGUCAAGCCCCGACACAUGCGCCUGAAAGAGCAGCAGAAAGGCCUGCAUCUGGCCCCCAUCCUCUCCCACCUGGACUCCACCUCCACAGACAGCAACUGCAACCAGAAGACCAAGGCCACAUGAAAGCAGAACCAGACCAGCUAACGGUGCACACACAGAGAGACUAGCGCCGAGGACUGCAGGGGACUGUCCAACACUGUAUUAAAUCCACGUAUAAAGAGAGAGAGCGAGGUGGACAGAGGAGUAGAUUCUAACAAACAAACAAACCUGCCUCUGUUUGUCUGUGUUUUGGAGUGGGAUGAUGAUUCUCAUUCAGUCACAUGGCACUGAGACUGAGCAGCAACCACACCAUGGAGGGAUGGAUGUAUGGCUUUGGGAUAUGUCCAAAAUGGCACCCUGUUCCCUAUUUAGUGCACCUCAAAGGGAAUAGGGUGCCAUUUGGGAUGCAACUCUACUGUAUUAUGAUGAUUUGUGUCUGGGGUGGAGUGGGAUGGAUGGGUCCCGAUGAUGAAAUGCCAGUAUUGUACUAUUACUGUAUUAUAGGAGUAUGCAGACUUGCCUUAUACCCUUUGUCUCUUUCUCCACAAUCUUUUUUUUUUCUUUUUAGCUUUUGUAUAUCCUUCUCACAUUGGAUAUUGUCUGGGCUGUGUUUCUCACUUGAGGUGAACAGGUUUUAGUAUCAGGUGGGCGAGUUUGAAGUGUUCUCUCAGUUAACGGUGACAAAUUAGUGUUUUAGUCCUGGUGAAAAGCAAAUGUAAGUUAACUUCUCUACGACACAGGAAGUUAGAAGAAUUAAAGCGAAGGAAAACAAGAUGACAGUGUCCUCAAUGUCUUUGUACACGAUAUGAUUCAUAGUCUCAACAUGGAACGUGUCAGAAAUGUCACCCCUUUUCCCUACAUACAGUAGAACAGUUAUUUUGACCAAAGCCCUAAGGGCCCUGGUCAAAAGUAGUGCACUAUUUAGGGAAAUGGUGACAUCCAAGGACUUACUCCAGACUGUUUGCUUUCACUGAGUGAUGUAAUGGGCUGACUUCAAUUCCACCGCUGUUUUAUUCAGUCAAGUCAUUGUAUGCUUUUUACAUAACGGCAGCAAGAGUAGUUACUAACUCCUACUUAUUCAUGAUUUAUGUGUGUCAGUAGUGUGCGAGGCAAGAUGGUCUAGUAUUUCCACGUGCAGAGGUCAAUGUUUGUCAUCUCAUGUACUUGUUAUUUAUGUGAUUCCAAUGGACUUGUGGUAUGUUCGACAAAGGUGAAAAGGUGGUGUUAAGGUAAGAGAAUCAACCUGACGUACUGUUAAGUUCGAGGUGAAAGGGACAACAUUACAGUAUUUAUGAGCACUCCUCUUCUUCAGACAGUUCUGAUUCUAUUUUCAUUACAGGGGGAAGUGAAAGCUAAACCUACUUCUUCUUGAGUCUGUUGUGAGUUAACUAUGGUAAUUGUGAGUAACCUUUGCUUGGAGCCCUGGAGAAAGGAGAAUGGUACGCUCGUCAUAACCCCUCAGCCAACCACGCUACUUGUUCAUGUGGAUGGUUUGUUUUUGUAUAUGAUGUGAUUAAAAGAUUGAUCUUUUCGCAACUUGA